AUGCCAUGUUCACACUCAAUUGGAUUACUGCGUCUUUUCUUCCUGAUACAGUUAAAGAACGAAUAUGUGAAAAAAAUCAAAAAAUUAAUAUUUGAUCAUAGUGUUACUAAUGAACAUGCUAAUGAAAAUUCUGCUCCACCGAAUAUCGAAUUGGUUCAGGAAGAACAAAUACAAAGUACUCAAAUAUCAACUCCAAGCACUCAAUCGUCAAAUUCAAAUACAAGUAAAAGAAAAUGUCUUUUUUCAAAUAUUCAGAACGAUCAGAAAUAUUCAAAGAAGACAAAAACAAUUGAUUCAUAUAACUAUAUUAAAGAAGAAAUCUCACGUUAUCUUAAUGAUACUAAUAAUGACAAUAUGCUUCUCUUGAAAUCAACAUCAUCUAAGUCAUAUAAUGCAUUAACUAAAUUAGCUACAAAGUAUCUAUGUAUACCGGCAACAACGGCACUGGUCGAACGUGUCUUUUCUCAGAGUGGUUUUCUUUGCCGACCUCAUCGUGCUCGAAUGACACGAACGACACUUCAACAACUUACUUUAUUGAAAUGCAAUUGUGAAAUUCGAUUAGAUUAA